AUGGUGGAGAUCUGUUCAGAAAUUCCUGCAUGUGAAGACAUUCGCCCCCAAGGAGAAUUUGAUCACCAGGGAACAUAUAUUUCUACCACAGUUACAGGAUCCGAAUGCAUCAUUAUCGUCCGGUGGUUGAAUGUGUUGGGUGACCUCACUCUCUCGUCACGUAAGGUGUCCCUGGCGGUGGUGGUGGUGGUGGUGACAGUUGUGGGCCUCGUCCACGCCUCUCCAACACCCGGAUAUGAAGUGGCCAGACCGUACAACCAUGGAGCCCAGGAUGACAGUGCCGGCAACGACAUCAGUCAAUAUGAAACAUCUGAUGGUGACACUAUCACGGGCUCCUACACCAUCAACCUCCCCGACGGACGCAAGCAAACGGUGAAGUACGUGGCCGACUACGGUGGCUACCACGCCGAGGUCAGUUACUACGGUGAAGCCCAGUACCCCCACCAGUACGGUCCCCCCAUCACCUUCAAGCCCCAGUACCAGCCCCAGCCCUCAUACCAGCCCCAGCCCUCAUAUCAGCCCCAGCCCUCAUACCAGCCCCAGCCCUCAUACCAGCCCCAGCCCUCAUACCUUUAGAUCCUAACUAAACAUAUCUUUGAUGUUCCGUGUGGUUGGGAACCAUUACGUCACUGUCCUCCUAUCCCAUCCCUUGUCCUCUUAUCCCAUUCCCCGCCCUCUUAUCCCGUUUCCUGUCCUUAUAUCCCAUCUGUCUUCAUAUUCCAUCUGUCCUCAUAUGCCAUCUAUCUGUCCUCAUAUGCCAUCUAUCUGUCCCUCAUAUGCCAUCUAUCUGUCCUCAUAUGCCAUCUAUCUGUCCUCAUAUGCCAUCUAUCUGUCCUCAUAUGCCAUCUAU